GGUGAGCUGAUUUCUUUGUGUAUUGUGAAAUCUUCAAGUCUGAAUUUAAAACUUCACCAACAAUUUAUAUAAACAAGAGUAAGUACAUAUCUUUAGAGGGUGUUACUAUACCGAUUGAUUGUAUAAAAUACAGACAUUGUUUAUUGUUAAAGCAUAGUACCUUGCAUUUCAAUUACUUCGCAUCGCUAAUCUCUCUUAGCAACUACAAUCUUUUGCGCUGCGCGAUAGAAAAAGGGGGGCCAGCAUACAUAAAAAUAUUUGUAAAGAAACAAUUAAAGAUUGAACUUGUUUUGUUUCAUUCAAUUAUUUAUCAGUAUAUUAUGUCUGAGCCUUUGAAAUCCUCAAUUGAAGGGGAGAGAGCUAAAGAAGGAGUAGGUUUAGGAGCUACAACUAUAACACAGGCUUCUAGUGUUUCGUCUGUCUCUUCAGUUUCUACGCUACGCAAUUUACCUAAAACAACAGUGAUAAUCAAUAAUUUACAUAAGAAUGAUUUUAUAAUAGAUGAAUCGUCUAAUAAUUUCUAUGUUAAAAGUAAUAAGUCCUUAUCACUAGUUGAUCAGAUAAAACUAUCAAUUUUAAACUUAGGGGAUGAAGAUGGAGAAUCUAACGAUGCAAAUGAUUAUUUCAUAAAUCAUAUUGAACAUUGGUCAAGUAUGCCAUUCUUAAGUAGAAUAAUAAUUAUCUUGAAGGAUGAAAUUUCUGCUUUAAAGAUCUAUAAUUAUCUUCACAAGAAUUUAUCAAAGGAGUAUCCCUAUAUAAAGGUAUCAUUGCAGGAGAAUCUUUUAUCAAGAUCCAAGUCUUCUGAUUCAUUAACUCAUGGGAAUAAGGAAAGUAUGAAUCUUUCAGAAGAUCUUCUGAAAUUCAGAUCAUUUCAUAACUCUCCUAAUGAUUCAUUGAAUAAUUAUGAAGAACCGAAACCGUAUCAAUUUCAUGUCGUACAAGACUUAUCGAAGUUGGGUAUAGAUGUUAGUCAAUAUAAUAAUGAAGAGCAAUUGAAAGAAUUGAGUGAUUCUGAAACUCAUGUCAAUUUUCGUCCUCAACUCACAAGAAGUCCAUCAUCUACCAAAACUUUAUUCAAACCAACUCCUAUUCAGACGACAAAUUUGGAUUAUACAGAAGAUGAUGAUGAUAAUCACGAUUCUCUAGCUCCCAAGGGAAAGAGAAAAAGUACUCUAAGUCCCACAAUUACCUUAGAUGAACCAUCGUAAAUAAUUUAUUUAUUUAUUUAUGUAUUUAUUUAUUCUUAUUCAAGUACAUUUAAAUUCUUAGCUAUAACUAUAUACUUGAUCAAUUCUUAUAAUUAUGAUUAUGAUGAUAACUUGUCAAUAUUAAAUCUCUGAAUUGCAGCCGAAUUUGGUGGACGGCCUGCAUACAAAAACGGUACUGUGUAAUGCACGA